AUUGGUUUUCCCAGUGAAAUCGAAAGUAGGAACUAUAAACAUUAUGACGAGCCAUCAAAAUUGUGAUUUAUGUGUUUCAGGAUCAGAAACGAGUAAAAUAAUUGGAUACUGUAAUGAUUGUAAGGGAUAUUUAUGUGAUAUCUGUUAUCAAACUCAUACAAAGGCAAAGGCAUUCAGACACCACGCUAUAGAUAAAGGUGCCACUGCAAAACAAAAUGCCGAUAAAGAAGUGGGAUCGCUUGGCAAUUUAGACAUUCACGAACAGAUCUGCAAACAGCAUAAUGAUGAGAAGACAUCAUUGUUUUGCCGAAAGCACAUGGCGGUGAUAUGUGGACGAUGUUUAAUACAAAAACACUUGAACUGCGAAAAUCAGUUGGUUGACCUCAUUGAGGUUUCCCAUCCGAGCAUAGAUCGUUUGAACGGAAUAAGACAUGAGUUAGAGGUUAUUUUGGGUGACGCACAAUGCCUCGAAAAUAAGGUUAGUGUCAGCAGAGAGAAAAACACUUCAGCAAAAGACGAAAAUGUCAAAGCUGUACGGGAUUUCCGAAAAGACAUUGAAAAUUAUUUGAACAAGAUACAAAGUAAUGUAGAAAAUGAGAUAACACAAGUUCAUGCGAAAAAUGAGAGCAAAUUAACGGCACAACUAAAAACAUGUUUGGAGGUAAAGGAAACAGCGCUAAGGAAACAGCAACAAAUUGAUUCCAUAGUCCAGAAAAAUCUAAAGAGCACUCUUUAUGUUACAAAUGAGAGCUUAGGAACUGAAAUAGCUGCACUAAAACAAACUCUGAAUGAAGCUUUAAGAAAAUCCAUGGGUCCACUGUACGAAUUCAAGAAAAAUGAUGUCAUUCAAAAUCUCAUAUUGACAGACAAUGCAUUAGGCACAAUAGAAGAUGUUCAUACCGGGAGCGAUGAGCUUACGCAAACUAUAACACGCAAACAAGAGCAUUUGCAGGACACGAUUUAUGGGAGCGCGGGAAACAUUGCGCCUAAAUCCGUCACUGUGCCUCAAGUCGAAGAGCAAAAAUCAUUCAUCAGUACACAACUUCAAAGGCCGCUUAUUAAAGGAGAAACUUGGAACGUACUAGAUGUGAAGUGGUUUAAGCAAUGGAAGAGCUAUGUGGGCUAUGACAGCCGGGACAACUACAAUGUGGGAGAUGAAUGUGCCAACCCUGGACCUAUUGACAACUCGUCCUUGCUUGAAGAGAACACUAAGACUAUUAAAAAACACUUGAUAGAUGACCUUGACUACACCCUCGUGCCAUCUGAGGCUUGGACUGCGCUGGUCUCGUGGUAUUCAAUUACAGAUCACCAGGAGCCUUUGCCAAGAAAAGUGAUAGUCGAGGGUGUGUACAGCAGAUCUCUCAAAGUAGAAGUUUAUCGAUGGAAUUUAAAGCUCUGUGACCAUGCCAAUCAAAACGAUCAGGUAUUGAGAGAAUUCUCGCGUACAGACACAGUAGGUUACCUGAAGUCGGAAAUGCUGCUGAUGUUUAACAUUAAGAGCGGCACAGAGGUUCGACUGUGGAACCGUUAUAUGACCAACAUGUACGAACCGCUUACCAAUGAUGAAAACACUCUUAUGGAUGCGGGUCUCUACUCUGGACAGGUUGUCGUUAUCGAACUGAAAAAUAACGACGGGACCUGGCCCAGACAAUCGAAGGCACUACAGUGAUGGCGCCAGUGGCCUGUAAAGGAAGAGGAGAGGAGUAAAAACGAAAACAUUUUUUACAUUAUGGCUCUUAUAUGUCAAUGUUGACGACGUCUUUUUAUAUAAUUGACUACGUAUCGGGAACAAUUUACAGAAGCGUUCCAUUGUAUACGCCAUGGAUUUGUUUUUAGCAUUUAAGGACAUCGGAAACACUUUUAAUACAAUUGCUUAUUUUUGAAUGUUUGUUUUUUAUAUGCAGUGAAGAGCAUAGACAUGCAUUAUUUUGUAAACGGUACCUUGAAUCACGCCUGUAUGACGUUUUCUUUUAUUUGAUAAUUCGUCAUCCAUGAACGGUCUUUAACUCUAAUUUAUAAAACACAUUGUUGGAUAGCUCAUAUAUCUUAAAAAGGAAAUAGCUUCCUGUUCGUUAAACAUUUUAUUAAUAUAUAAAGGCUAAUGAAAUAAAACACAAUUUCACAGUAAUUUAAUCGUUCUUAGUAUUAAAGUCUGUAAAAAGAAUGAAUUGCCUUUUUUAACUGUCGAUUUAAAAAUAGUAUGUAUUAUUUAUUAACUACUUGAAUAGACUAAACGACUUUCAUUAGUGUAAGCCUCACUGGACGUUUAACAUGUUCAUAGAUUGAUGCAUCAUUAUGAGUAGAUCUACCGUUUCCAAAUUGCUUCAAUAAAAUACUUCUACAAACUAUAUCUUGUAAUAAAUACACCUGUAUUUAAAGCAUGUUCUUGAUGCACAGGGGAUUGGGAGGCGCAAUAAUUAAUUUGAUAAUAAUAUAUCACAUAAAGUAAGGAAUGUUAUACCAAAAUAUUAAGAUUGUUCAAGACUGGAUCAAGUGCAGAGAAUUUAGGUUCUGUAAGUGAUUAUUUAAUUUCAUUUUUCAUUAUUAUGACAGGGCUUGAAGUAUCUCUACCAUGGGUGUAACAAAUGCCUAGUUGUUUCUUUGUCAUUUUCGGUGCAUUUGUUUACUUACAGACAGUUUUCAAACUUGGUUUGUCAAGAUGUUCGGAUAUGGUGACUCUGUUUAAUGUGUUUGAGCAGAAUCAUUAAAUUUCCCCUUUCUGCAUAUAGUGUGUUUAAAACAACUGAUUGACUUAAAAUGUCAGGAAAUAUCUUCUUAUUCUAGUUUGAAUAUGCAACGUUUUAAAAGAGGUUUUGUUGUAUAUUCGUCUCUUUCUGAAAUUUGUAAUACUCCUCUCUGAUUGACCAACCAAACCCAUCACGGUAAUAUAGUCCCUAUAAAAAACAAAAAGGUGGAUGACGGUGGAUUGAUAUGAAUGGUGUGCAUGCAAUUGUAAAUAAAUGCUUACAAACUU